AUGGUCAACUGCGACCUCGGCCCGGAUGCGGAGUGGGUGCAUUACUGCUCGUCUGGAGAUGGUGACCAACCGUGUUGCGCGAGCCUGGAAGAUUGCAAGCAUCGCACAGUGGUUGCUUGCAUCAAUUGCAUGUUCGGCAAGGCCGACCCGAUCCCAGGCGAGAGCCGAUGGACCCAUCUAUUGCCAAAUUUUCGCAUGCUGUGUUUGCGACGUGUCGUCUUCAACGUUGGUCUGGAGUGUUUCGACGUCUCGGUUGGGGACCUGCCUGACACCGUGGAUGGCCAGACGACAGUCGACAUGGAGGCAACCGACGACUACCAAAAGAAGCUCAAGCAGUCCCGCGUCAAGAAGACUGCCGAGUACUACAACAACGGUGAACACAUGAUGGAGCUCCCGAUACUUACCGUGCUGGUUGGCAUCUACGACUUCCACUUGCUGUACCCGAUGCUGGGCGACCCCACGAAUGUGACAAACGAGAUGGGCGAGAAGGGCAAGGCGAGCAAGCUGGACAAGCUGUUGUGCAAGAACACGAGCCUCAUAGGUCAGUGCUCCGAGAGGCUGUUCGCUAGCAUGGAGGCUUGGCGGCAAGGAGGCGAUCGGAGGGACCCAUGGUGCGUCCUCGACAUGAUGGGCAUCCCAGUUCAGAGUGCUGCCGUGAUGCGUUUCGCUCGCAACCAGACUUUGAGAUUGGCUGGCGGUGUGUUCAGGCGUUACGAAACGAAGUAUUCGUCCAAGCCUUACGACAUGCACGUUCUAUCGCUUAGUACUACCACUGCAGAGCAGAAAGCGCCUUGCAUCGAGCACCUACUGGCUGCCGACGACGACGAGCUGGACCUGUACAGCCGCGGAAUCCGCAAACUGUUUACUAAGGAGGAGUUGGGGUCGAAGGAGUGCGAGCCCCUUCUCAGGUCAGAUUUCAUGACGCACGCUUUCAGCACUGACGUGAUUGAGAGGCUGAACUCUGAGAUCACCCAUGGCGUGCCUAAGCGAGCUCCAGCGACCAAUUUCACUCAAGCGGAGAUCGAGCGCCCACUGUUGCUGUGCGACCCCCCUGACGCAGUGGAGUGCGUCAUGGCACAAGCCGCCACCGACUCGGCCCUUGUCCAUCCCGAGCUGGCGGGUUCAUCGGCUGCGGCGGCGCUGCCAGCUGGCCCAGGCGCCGCGGCGCAGGUGUCCGAGGAUGGCGUCGCUGUCGUUCCUGUCGGGGACCAAGGCGGACCAAUCUUCCCACCUUGUCGAACGGUAUCGGGGUGCAUCGACGUCCUUCCGCACGAGAACCCAAGUACUAAUAGUACUGGCAGGUUUGCACCUGGCCUCAACCCUUACUUGUUGGAGAAGAACCAGUGGCUGCGUGCUGUGAGGGCGCUGAGAGACUCUCCGAUGACCGAUGAGGAGGUGAAACAGGUGACGGAGGAAUUCCAUGUCUUCUGGGAGAACGUCGCCGACAAAGAUUGCCACAACGAGGCGUACGACGAGUGGGUGCGAGAGAAGCAACAACAUCAUGAACGAGAGCGGCCCUACAAGUACGUGCAGCAGUGGGGGGGCGGGAGCUUCGUCUCGCCAACCAGCAGCGACGAGUUCUGCAAGCACAUCAAAGGUUCAAAAGGUUGGCCAAGCGAUGCCGACGUCACCGACGCCAACCACGAGGAGGGCCUCGCCAAGGCAAACUACUUCGUGGAUUUCGGGCCUUCGAAGAGCACGAAUCUGUGGAGCCUCGGAGCUCGACCCCACGACGUGAACCCGAUGAAGGUCGCGGGGGGGAGGUUGAAGUUCACGCUGGUCGAGAAGGGCAUCAGCAACGUCAUUGCCAGGCUGAACAGGAUAAGUGAUAAGUUCAAAGUCGUGAACGCGCAGACGUCAGAUGAGUUUGUCCGCGAGUGCUGUGAGUUGUUCUCGGCGAUGGAGCUUUGCGAGGUGGAGUGGGACCCCAUCGACGUGGACGGUACUCUUCUGUGGGUGGAGGUGAAGUCCGCGACCGCUCUCGGCACCUUGUGGAAGGAGGGCUUGCGCGUCCCACUGGGCAGCGCGGCGGCUAAGCGAAAGGACACCAGCGCCUCGACCUUCAAGAAAAUGAAGACGGACGACCCCCUGAACCCAUCCAGCGACACGGCGAAGACGUCGUCAUCGUGCGCCGCAUCGACCAAGGCUGCCAAUGGGAAAGUCGAUCCGACAAGUGCAUGCGGCCCGAUCGCAGCAGCAAUUACAGGAGGACCCGAAGGAGCAUUGGGCAACGAUGCGGCCGUGGCUGCGUCGCUCGGCGCGGCAGGGGCCGCCGACGCAGGUGCCGACGAAGGCUUUCAGCUGGGUGCUUUGGACGGGGAGUUCGCGGUCGCUCUCGGCGAGAUGGACGUGGCGGACCAGGAGGACGCAGAGAUCCAUGGCGGCGAUGACGACAUGACAGAGCUGCUCGACACCUGGGGCGGCAACCAAGAAGACCACCAUGACGAACGUCCAGACGAUGGCGAGAUCGACCUCGACGACCCCAUCCUGCUCAUGUCGGGGCGCUUGCCAAGAUGUAUGAGGACGCAGCUGGCGGCGCUGAUGUCCCCAGUGGCGGCGCCGACGCUGGAGUUGAAGAUGGGCCUCUUGCCGAAGAUGUUGCUGAGCCUCCGCAGCCUUGGGAACAACUUGGGGAGCCAAGAGCUGUUCAAGUGGCUCUUCGAGGGCGACCCCAACAAUGACGGCGACUCCAAGGACCAGAGGCGCGAGAAGGCGCGCAUCCACAUGGAUUCGGCCAAGAGCAGCUGCACGAAGCACGCAGCUGUCCUGCGCUGCGAGACUGGAGAAGAGCACGAGCAGCUGGAACGGGAGUUGUUCGAAGACGGCUCGUGCGAGGGCAGCCAACAGGCCGCCAGCAAACCCAAUGGCGAAGGCCCGAGUUCUUUUCAAGUCGGCCUGUUCGAGCCAGACCCUGCGCGUUGCGCCAAGUGUUUCGAUGACUUCGCUGGGCAGAGUGGGCUCCCCCGGUCGCCUGGCGGACAUGGUGUUCACCCUUCUUCCACAGACCACAGCACGUGCCAGCAAUGCCUGGACUUGAAGGAGUUGGUGUCUGAGAAGCUGGACGGACCACCCGGCACGGUGGAGUUCCCCAACGACAGCGACGCCAAUCAAUGGCCAUUUUUAAUACACUGCUACAGGGUGCUUCGCCAUGGGUCGGCCGACGGCACGGUGACAUUGCACGAGUUGGCCAUCGAGUGGGCUGAGAUUGCGAGCAAACGGUACCAAGAGGCUGGCGAGAUCCAAGUUUCUGCUUUACCAGAGGGCGGUGAGAGCUGCACGCGCACAGACAAUCCAGCAUCGGAGUCAGGAGGAGCGAGAGACAAGCCUGUAGAUGGCAGCGGCUCUGGCACAGCUGGCGAGAUCAAGCAUGAGGAGGAUGCACUUGCACAACCUCAGCGUGUCAAGCAGGAGUUCGGGUUCCGCCGAAGCGGCUUGUCGGUGGCGGCGCCUGCCGUGGCUUCAGCGGCUUGUGAGACUGGUGCGAGUGAAGGCACGUGUGCGGCCGUCGGCAUUGACGUGGACUCCGAGGACGACGGCGACUCAGACUCAUUGAACAAGUUUUCCUUGACUGAGCGCUUGCCCAAGGGCCAAGUGUACAUCAGCUUCGGGAGGAUUCGUGGGACAAUCAACCAGUACGUUGAGGCUCUGUCGCACCUGGGCUGGCUACCAGACUGCAGGAUACAGACCGUACAAGCACUCGAGCGCCGUUUGAACCAGCACAGCAGUGAGAUCUCCCAGCAAGCGAACGUUGACAUAAAGACUUCAUUCAAACAGCUUUCGAUGCGCGUGGAGACAACGAUCAUCCUGUUCAAGCUCUUCAAGACGUGGCACGACGAGAACAACGAUGCGUCCUUGGUCCAUGUGCUUGAUGCAGUUUGCAAGUUGAAACCGUUCCUUCGUUUCCAGAAGAAGUCUGUGGGUGCCGACUUGGAGAUGAUCCUUAUCUACGCGCAGUUCUACAAGGAUUUGGCCAACGGCAUGGGCAUUGACGAGGCAAUCAAUUCGCUGAACUUCGACCGUCUCACUGAGUGUCACAAGAUCGCAACCGAGAAUGCUGGCAAAUUGACGGGGGCGAUGACCAAGACCACCGACGGCGCGAAGGUCAAGGAUAAGGACGCCGCCGAUGGCACAGCAGAGGGCGAAGCAUCACCUUCGAAGAGGCGCAUGCAGUUCACCAUGCCGAAAGACGUGAUCGCCAAGCGUGUAUUGGUCCAUCCCGUCGAGCAGUUCGAGAAGCUGGUGGGCGAUUCCAUGGCGAAGUACAUCUUCACCUUGAGCCCCGACAUCGUGAAUGACCAGAAGGCGGUGCAGCAUUGCCAUGAGCUCAUGGAAAGAACGCGCCAGGCGUGGCUUACCAAACACAACGGCUGCCUCAGCAAUAAGGUGGGCCAGCUUCUCGACGCGUUCGCGACGAUCGCGCUGUGCGCGAAGUCGGACGAGAGGGAGAGGCCCAGCGUCGACAGUGCGAGGUGGGCCAGGAGGACAGUGAUGGCGGCAGCGAAGGAGGAUGCCCCAUCACCAGAGAUGGCAAAAACAAUGGCGGUCCACCCUGCAGGCAUGGCGUUCAUGAAACGGGCUCUCAGCCACGCCAAGGUCGGCAUCGAGGAUGAGGCUGCGAGCAGCGGGUUCGAGUUCAGCGUCGGCCGCUUCGAGGACUUGCUCGAUCCAGCCUUCGAGAACGCAACCUCUUGGCUGAAGGCGGGGAAUGGCGGCAAGCCGAUGACCUGCGAUGCGUUCGGGAAGUAUUUCGAGGCGUGCAUGGUGAUGAGAGUUGCUUGCGCUCAGGCCCUCCAGCGCUGGUCCACGAGCGCCUUGGAGCAGCACGCCGAGACUCUGGCGGGCAUGGCAGAUUCGUGUGCUGCCGCAGGCGGCGACAAUUCAGGCCCCAUCCAGACAGAGGUCGUCAAAGCCGAGUGCGAGUCGACCCAGCCUGGCGGCGACGGCAAUGUGCAGCCGACAAUGCCGUUCUCGUCGCCAGUCCGCCUCUUCGCUCACAUCCGUGAGAUCGACGCCACUGUGAAAGCGAUGCGCCCGCGCUUGAGAGCCUUCGUUGAGCUGAUGCUGAAGUCUGCGCUGGGCGCCCAGAAGCUGCACAAGCUCGCGGCCACCAGAGUGGGCGGCUCUUGGCACGAUCACUUCGACAAGGACGCGUCGGGCGACACUGUCCUGAGACAUUUCAACCACAACGUUGCGGUCAUCGACAAGAUUAUCAUAUACCUUGAGAGCCUUCACUUGCUUGCCGACCCAGACUGGUGGCUCGACGGCGAGUCACUUUCAAAGAGCAGCACCAAGCCCGACGAGCAGGCCCUCUGCAACUUCAGCAAGGUCCACCACGAGCACACCUCAGUCACGCCCUUCACCGUGCUGACCUCAUCCACCCUCGAUCUCCCCGAGGUCGGAGAUGACAUCGCAGCGUUGUUCGCGGCGUUUGCUGAGCAUGUCGGCCAGCGCAUGUACGACUUCAAGGCUACAGCGUUCUUGGUAGAUAAGAGUUCUACGAUUUCUGACGUGGAGGUGCUCCUGGGGAGCGUUCACGCCGACGUCUUAAAGGAGUGCGACGACUCGGCCCUGUAUCCUCACUUGCUGCCUAAGGGCGAUGCCGACAAUGUUGCGAAGCUUGCGCCCAUUGAUGUUUCUGGAAGCAAAGGGGAUCCCAAGGUGUUGGAGCUUCUCCCUCAUAACCGAGCUCUCGAGCACCUGCGAUGCUUCAUCAGAGCAGUCAUGCUGACGGAGAUCGACGUCCCUGGCAUGUUCUACUCAACUGUGGAUGCACCGGAGCCCAGCAUCGACCUGUGCAUGUUCGCUAUGGAGCUCAAGUGCGCUGUCGCCGACGUGGUCGCAGUCAUUUCCUCAGCCGAGGUGGCUAUAGGCAGGAAGGCUCGCUCCAAGGAUAAGCAGUUCAUGAGUCAAGGGUACCUCUGCGGGACGGCCACCUUCAUAUUGCAGAUCCUCCACGGUGCGCGACAGAAGCUGGACAGCAUGGCCAACGACCCCAGGGCCAUGGAGUUCGAGAAGACAGGCUGGCAGCUCCGCGAGUCGAUCCACACCAUGCGUCACUGGUGCUUGUUGGCGGCAAGAGUCAGCGGGCGUUACGAGAGCAUGCUCUUGCUGGGCAUGGCCGAGGUCUUGACCAACGAGGGACAGGCGACGGCAAAGGUCACCCCUACUUGGACAGCAUGUUUCGUCGACGACGUGUUCAACGAGACGAUGGCAAUGGCGAUGCUCAAGAACAAGCUGGACGUCGUGAUCAACCGCCACAACUCACUCCACACCUGCAUCAAAGCCUUCUCCACGUCAGCAGCCGUGCUGUCCAUCAACCCCCGCGUGCAGGACCACCCGACGACGUCCGAGUCAGUGAACGUGGCACUCCAGUUGCUGAAGGACGCUGCGGAAGCAAGCGUGGUCAUCAGGGGCGUCGACCUGUUGACUGCGUAUCGUCAUCGCCCUGAGGGGCCGACGAAAGCGACGGAGUUCUUGACGGAGAACGAGGGUCGCUACCCCAAGGUACCGCAGUGCUUCUGGCAGUUGUUCAAGGACCUGCAGGCGCACGCACUUCCAGCCCAGCCUUUGCCAGCACAGGCUGGCGAGGCGUUGGCCCCUGGCGCAGGCGCGUCUGGGGGCGGAGCCCACCUCACGCCAGCCAAGAAAAGCUUAGCGGACGGGUCUAUUCACACUCCGACCCCAAAGAAGCCGCCUGCCCCGAGUUCAGCCGAUGGCAGUCAGCACGUGAAGGCCAAGGCCCCUAGCGUUUCAGAUCGCCCCGCCAAGGGUUUCAAGCGCGCCAAGCGCUCCUGA